AUGUGGUCCUCUCCAUUGCGCGCGGUGACGUGGCUCCUGGGCGCGCUGGGCGAACGAGAACGAGACCAAGAUCAUCAACAACAACAACAACCACAACAGCGGCAGCAGCAGCGAGAUCGAACCCAAGAUCCCCGAUCUGCACAGGUUCACCUGCACGCUCCCUUCCAUCCCGAUGCACCCGUCCACAACAACUGGCAGACCCCUUCAGCAUCAGCAUCCUCAUCUGGGCCCGGGUCCGCGCACGCAUGGGCCCUCGCGCGCGACCGCGCCGCCGAGCUCGUUGCGCAGAUGACGCUCGCGGAAAAGGUCAACAUGACAUCGGGCGUGCAGGGCCCCUGUCAGGCCAACGCGGGCAGCGUGCCGCGUCUGGGCAUUCCGAGUUUCUGCUACAACGAUGGUCCCGCCGGCCUGCGGUACACCGACUUUGUGACGCAGUGGCCGUCACAGUUCACAAGCGUGAUGAGUUUUGACCGCCAGCUGGUGUGGGAACUGGAGCAACGGAUUGCGGGCGAGUUUGUGGCCAAGGGCGUCAACGUCGAGCUGGGCCCGGUGAGCACCAUCCCAUCAGUGCUACACACGGCGUUGUUGGGUCCGAGACUGACGCAGGCAGCUCACAGGUGGGCCACUGGGACGAUCUCCAUUCACUGGGCGGAACUGGGAAGGUAUGUCUCGCACAGUGUCGUCACUGCCACUGCCACGCACACGGAUUCGUGCUUAUCGCAACAAAAAGCGUUCACACCGGACCCGUACCUCUCGUCGACGAUGAGCUACAUUGCCAUUGCGGCCACGCAGUCCAUGGGCCUCGUGGCGUGCGCAAAGCACUAUUUCCUGUACGAGCAAGAACCCGUGUGCGACGGCCCCAUCGAUGAUAACGGCGGUCGGUCGGAAUGCGAGCAGGUGCAUUCCAUGGUGGACGACAAGACCAUCAAAGAGCUGUACUUGCCUAGCUUUGCCGAGGCGGUGCGCGCCGGCGUCGGCGCCGUCAUGUGCAGCUACAACCGCAUCAACGACACGCCCUCGUGCCAGUCGCCCGAGUCGCUGAACCGCUUGCUCAAGGACGAGCUCAAUUUCCAGGGCUACGUCCUGAGCGACUUUGGCGCCACGCACUCGACCGUCGAGAGCGUCAACGCCGGCAUGGACCAGGAGUUGCCCAAGACGUACUAUUUCGGCAGCAGGCUUACGAGGGCGGUAAAGAACGGGCUGGUCAAAGAGGCUCGGCUCGACGACAUGGUGCGCCGUAUCCUCACGCCAUGGAUCGCCAUGGGCCAGGCAGACGGCUACACCACGCCGUCGUACCAGAAAUGGGACCUGGCAGACGAAAAGUGGAAGAACGGGUUCGUGUACCGGAACGAGCACGUCGACGUGCGCCUGCCCGACAGCGCCGACUUUGCGCGGCGCGUGGCGGAGGAAUCGCAUGUCCUGCUCAAGAACGACGACGGCGUGCUCCCGCUCGACGACCGGACGCGGCGUAUCGCCGUCUUUGGCCAGGACGCAGACUACCCGACGACGAUUGCUGGGUGUGGCGGCGACCUGUUCUGCAAGGAAGGGUCCGGACGGCGGCACUGGAACGGGACGGUGACGAUUGGCGGCGGGUCGGGCGCGGCGUUUGCGAGCUACAUCGUGGCCCCCAUUGAGGCGAUAGCGCGGCGCGCGCGUGGCCGCAGCCUGCGCGUCGACCAGGUCCUCGCCGACGACGCGGCGCACUACCCUGCCAUCGCGCACGUCGCGCGCGAGGUGCAAGUGUGUAUCGUGUUUGUGUCCGUCUUCCAGGUCGAGGGCUGGGACCGCGCCACGCUGGGACUGGACCGCGAUGGCGAGGCGCUCAUCCAGCACGUGUCGGCCCACUGUGCCGGCGACGUCGUGGUGGUCAUCCACGCCGGCGGGCAGGUGCUCGUCGAGGACUGGAUCGACCUGCCGAAUGUGAAAGCGGUGAUCUUUGCCGGAUACCCGGGCCAGGAGACCGGCGACGCCCUUGCCAACUUGCUGUGGGGCGACGUCAAUCCCAGCGGCAAGCUCGCGUUCACAAUGGGCAAGCGCGCAGACGACUGGCCGCCAAACGGGAUCCUGCGCGAUAAGCACAGCGACAGCCCGCCCCGCGUGUACUUUCACGAAGGUGUCGCGAUCGACUACAAGUGGUUUGAUCUGCACGGUAUCGCCCCGCGAUACCCGUUCGGCCACGGGCUGAGCUACACGACGUUCUCGCUGACCGACCUGCACGUCGGCGCGCUGCACAUCCCAGACUCGGACACGGUGCAGCCCACAAACGAGGCGCACGUCGGCCCGCAUGGCCUCUACGACACGCUCUACGUCGCGCACCUCACGGUCGCCAACACGGGCACGCGCGCCGGCGCCGCCGUCCCGCAGCUGUACAUGAGCUUCCCGCCCAGCGAGCACGACCAGCCCCCGCGCCAUCUGCGCGGCUACGCUAAACCGUACCUCGAGCCCGGCGAGGCGCAGGUCGUCGAGUUUGCGCUGCGCAAAAAGGACCUCGGCGUCUGGGACGUGCAGCGCCAGGUAUGGCGCGUGCCCUCGGGCGUGUUCACGUUCCAUGCCGGGACGAGUAGUCGGGACCUCGUCUUGACGGUGGACGUGGAGAUUGAGUAG